AUGUCACUCUUGCGCGCUAAAUCAUCCCGAGACGAGAUCCUCGACAAGGCAAGAGCUGAACUUGACAAUAAUGUAAUUGGCAACAAUCGACUAGUGCAAUGCAAGAGUCCGACUAAGCCAAGCUUCCGUACCUCCAGUCUAUCGUCUACGAGACGGUACGGCUCUAUCCAACAGGGGAGGGCCACUUUUAAUGAAAUGCCACACCAGUCGUUGGAAGACUGUGUCCUAUUCCGAAACAGAUGCAUGGGCCAUUCACGUUGUUUGGGAAGAGCCUACGAGCUAGAUUUUGGCCUGAGAGAGGCAUAUAUGCAGCAGGAGUGGAACCGGAUGGUCGCAAAUAUUUGCCAUUUGGUGUGGGAAGAAGCUAAGGUCAUGCACUGGGCCCGGGCUGGCGUACCGUUUGGUGAGUGUAGCUUUGGGAGCUUUGAUACAAUUAAUGCUUUGAGUGGGAAAGGAUUGGUGAAGAGCUGUUAG